AUGGCAAAAACCAACGGUGGUGAGCUUAAGAGUACCAAUGACAGUACGCUUCUUUGGAUGGCGAAAGGUAGCAAAAGUUCAACAAGGCGUGACGAGAAAGCAAUUGUACGAGUUGCAGACUCAGAUGUUGAGAACAAAGACAAGAGUUCAUCAGGCACAAUAGCAAAUGAGUCAGAGCCUGGAAAGUGUCCUUUCUGUUUAUGGCAGUUUCUAGGUCAGCAUGUGGCAGAAAGAGUAAGGCGUGUUCCUUCGAAGAAGCGGGGAAUGAUGGUUGCCUCCCCGUCACCAAGAAAGUCAUGUAGUCGACGUGGAAUCUCAGAACAUCGGCCGGAGAUCAACCAUGUUUGGAAGUUAAACCCAAAGAAUGAUAGCAGUGGUCCUGACUUUUCUGGUAUUGCGUUACUUGCGGAUGCUGCGUGUAAUUUGAGCAAUGAUCUUGCACCAGCUGUUGACCGUCUGCCUGCUGAAGAACCUGUUGUUCAGCAGCAAGAUGGCUCGACCAUAUUGCCUCAUGCGGUUGGUUCCACAGAUCAGGUGGGGCAAGGCAAAAAGGAUAAUGCAGCUCCUGAAAAAUCUUCGUUUGAUUUGGCUGAUGAGAAGGGCAUAGCGAGCGUAGGAGGGAUGAUAAUAGCUACUAAGGGAGCAAGUGAAAGUGAAAAUUUAGCACCUGAUAGUGGAGUUGUCAUAAAGUCAGAUAAAUCAUCGGUCAGUGAACCUACUGAGAAAAAGAAUUUAAGGUUACACUGGGACUUAAAUGUUUCUAUGGAUGCUUGGGGUCCACCUUGUGAUGUAGAAGAUGAUUCCUCUGAAAAAGAUGUGAAGGGAGCAAUCACAAAUCCAAUGCCCCCUACAGAGAGGGAACCUAUUGAUGGUAGUAAGGACCAUCUAGAUGGGUUUGUUGCAUCAGCUGGGCAAGAAAAGUUUUCAUUACCAUGUGGUCCUAAGGCUGAAGCAGCUGCUAGAAAUGGAAAUAAGUUCAAAUCCGGUUAUAAUUCCCCGCUUGAGGAUGGAGAAUUAAGGGAGCCAUACCUUAGGGAGAAAAAUAAGGUUGAAGAUGAAGGAUUCUACUCUAUGGCUGAAAGUAAUGACAACAAGAUGAAGGAUUUUGGUAAGGGAAUCUUGGCAGAGACUAAGUUGGGACCAUUAGAGCGUAAAUCUCAUGAUGCAUUGAGAAUUGGAGAGGCUCAAGACAGAAGGGACGUAGAGAAGAAUGAUGUGGCUCGCAUGAAUGAUUUGCAUCUUAAGAAGCAGUCUUCUUCUUCUUCAAGGAGGUUUGUGUCGAAACCAUCUAAGGAGUUGCCUUCGCAUGAUGCCAUCCCAAGGAAAAGACAAGUUUUUUCUUUCCAUGCCUCAUCUGAUGAUAAUGAAGAGUUGAGCAUGGCUCCAUAUAAGUGUUUUGGGAGACAUGACAGGAGUUCUGGUAGAGGAUACUUUACUGGUAGAGGAUACUUUAGUGGUUCGGGUUCCAGACCUCCCUAUGUUCUCGAGCCUCCACACCCUGAAAAUCUAGGUAUGAUGGGCCGCUUUGAUCAAUCAGGAUCAGGGUCCGGACAAGGAUCACAACCUGAUGGUUAUGUACGUAAGCGUUUCUCAAAUGGGGGAUACCGCGGUGGUCGGUUUAGAAGGUCUUCAAAUGGUGGGGAUCGUGUAUUGAGAGGCAGGCACGGUGAUAACAACCAGUUUUAUGGUCGGAUGCACAACUGGAUGAGUGGUAAUAGGAGAGGAAGAGGUAACUCUCCGGUCUUUAGGAGAUCUAGAAGUCGUUCUCCAGUCCCGUGGAACGGUGGAGAUAGAUUAUCUCAUCCUCAGGAUGGGUUUAGAGCCGAGGAGAGAAUGAUGGAGAGCGUGAGGUUUCCUUUCCAGGAACGGUUUCUUGAAGAUCAAGAAAUAGGUUUCAUGUCACCUCCAAGAAACAGAAUGCCGCCGCCGAGAUUCGAUGAAAGGAGGAGCCAUGAUUCUGGAACUAAUCGUAAUAGCUUCAGGGGAAGGAGGUUUGGGCUUGGCCAAAGACAUGAUGCUGGAAGAUCUUUGAGAAGACUGAAUUCUGAUAACAGCAACAACUUUAUACCUUUCAGACGCCAAAGAAGAUUUGAUGAUAUGGAAGAUAGCACUGGCGGAAACAAGUUUAAGAUGAGGCAACAGCAAACUAGGCGGGCUGACAUCACGGAAGAUGGCGGUGAUGAUGUCGCCGGUUCAGGUUUCGCAAAAGAGAGUCGGUGGGUUUAGCCAAAAACAACAACGGCAACGAUAACAAAGAGGGUAAUGAGAACAAAAUAACAUAAGAGAAUCUUUUAGGUUUUUAAUAGAACCUCUCUCUUUAUGUUUGUUUUGUUUUGUUUUGUUUUGUGUUGUUUGAUUAGCAUUUUCAUUUAAAAAACAUUUGUCUAAUAAGUGGAGAAAUAAUGUCAUGACAAUGUUUCUUGCUUUUAUUUAUGAGUCAAACGAUGUUUUUGGUUUUCCGAAGAAGAGAUUUUUUCUUCAUUUUUCUUUUGUUCGAAAUUUUAGGGUUUGUAACUUUCUCUUCCUUUAAAAGUCUUCUUUCUAAAUAUUUUUUUUUAAUUGCUACUAGAUUUUGAUCUGCGCAACUGCACGGUAUUAUUUUCAGUUUUAUAUGCACAUAUAUUUAUUUUAGAUCAUUAGUGGUAUACAUUUUUAAUUUUAAUCAUAUAUUUAAAUGUUUAUAUAGCUAUUUUAAAUACAAUAAUUUAUAGUUUACAUGUUGUAAAUAACCAACUGCUUAAAACUAUCACAUGUAUUUGUUGUUUCUUAUUAUAUAUUUAUGUUAUUGUAUUUA